GCCCCUCUCUCUAACCCGAGAGUAGCUGCUGUUUCUGAGCCGACGAUUCGUAGGGAGGACCCUUGCGCGGUUCCCCUUUGCUCUCCCUUCUGCGGGCCUUUCCGAUAUCUCAGCGGUGUCCAGAGCGUACCACGUUCUCGUCUACUCACUUGAUUUUUUGCAGAGGUGGCUACCGUUGGCCCCAAGAGUUCGCUGUCGAAAGUGCUGGCACCCGCGAAGGCGUCGGGAGCAGCUGGGUGGGACGGUUCAAGAUGGCGUGCCUAUUGGAGACCCCGAUCCGCAUGAGCGUCCUCUCGGCAAAAAGAGACCAAUUGUUGUGCCUCGAAUGGCCGCCUACAAGCUUUCAAGACCCCAGGCACUAUGCAUUUAUUGAACUAGGAUAAGAACAGAACCACUAAAUAUAUUAUUAGGCCAAUUAACUGGGAUAUCCCAUGAAACCAUGAGCUGAAACCUCCAGAUCAAGAAACCAAAUCCCAGGAUGUUUUUGGCUGAAGUGACAGCUAGCAGUCGCCACUAUGUUGACAGGCUGUUUGACCCUGAUCCCCAGAAAGUUCUACAAGGUGUCAUAGACAUGAAGAAUGCUGUAAUUGGAAACAACAAGCAGAAAGCCAACCUCAUUGUUUUAGGAGCUGUUCCAAGGUUGUUGUACUUGCUUCAGCAAGAAGCCUCAAGCACAGAGCUGAAAGCUGAAUGUGCAGUGGUAUUGGGAAGUCUUGCUAUGGGUACUGAAAACAAUGUCAAGUCUCUACUGGACUGCCAUAUUAUCCCUGCCUUACUGCAAGGACUACUGUCCCCAGACCUGAAGUUCAUUGAAGCUUGCCUCCGAUGCCUGCGCACCAUCUUUACCAGUCCUGUCACUCCUGAGGAGCUACUGUACACGGAUGCCACAGUGAUACCGCACCUUAUGGCACUGCUUAGCAGGUCUCGCUACACCCAGGAGUACAUCUGUCAGAUCUUCUCACACUGCUGUAAAGGGCCAGAUCAUCAAACAAUUUUAUUUAACCAUGGUGCAGUUCAGAAUAUUGCUCACCUACUAACCUCAGUGUCCUACAAAGUUCGAAUGCAAGCACUGAAAUGCUUCUCAGUUUUAGCUUUUGAAAACCCCCAGGUAUCGAUGACCCUGGUAAAUGUUUUGGUUGAUGGAGAAUUGUUACCACAGAUUUUUGUGAAGAUGUUACAGAGGGAUAAGCCUAUUGAGAUGCAGCUCACAUCAGCAAAAUGUUUAACUUAUAUGUGUAGAGCUGGAGCAAUUCGUACAGAUGACAGCUGUAUUGUAUUAAAGACAUUGCCUUGUUUGGUUCGAAUGUGCAGCAAGGAGAGAUUACUGGAGGAGAGAGUUGAAGGAGCUGAGACACUGGCAUACCUGAUUGAACCAGAUGUUGAGCUACAGAGAAUUGCUAGCAUAACUGAUCACCUCAUUGCCAUGCUUGCUGAUUAUUUCAAAUACCCCAGCUCAGUGAGUGCCAUCACUGAUAUUAAAAGGCUUGAUCAUGACUUAAAACAUGCUCAUGAACUCCGCCAGGCCGCAUUCAAGCUCUAUGCCUCUCUAGGAGCAAACGAUGAAGACAUCCGGAAGAAGAUCAUUGAGACUGAAAAUAUGAUGGACCGAAUUGUGACUGGCUUGUCUGAGUCUAGUGUCAAGGUGCGGCUAGCUGCCGUCAGGUGUUUGCACAGUUUAUCCAGAUCUGUGCAGCAGCUUCGAACCAGUUUCCAGGAUCAUGCUGUAUGGAAACCUUUAAUGAAGGUUUUACAAAAUGCACCAGAUGAAAUCCUAGUAGUAGCAUCUUCCAUGCUCUGUAAUCUGCUUCUUGAAUUUUCUCCGAGCAAAGAGCCGAUUUUAGAAUCAGGAGCUGUAGAGCUACUUUGUGGAUUAACCCAGAGUGACAAUCCCGCUUUAAGAGUGAAUGGAAUUUGGGCAUUAAUGAAUAUGGCAUUUCAGGCUGAACAAAAAAUAAAAGCUGAUAUUUUACGAAGCUUGAGUACUGAACAGCUAUUCCGGUUAUUAUCAGAUUCAGAUUUGAAUGUGCUGAUGAAGACAUUGGGACUUCUUAGGAAUCUCCUCUCUACUCGUCCUCAUAUAGAUAAAAUAAUGAGUACCCAUGGAAAGCAAAUUAUGCAAGCCGUCACCCUUAUUCUAGAAGGGGAACAUAACAUAGAGGUCAAAGAGCAGACACUGUGCAUCCUGGCCAACAUAGCGGAUGGGACAACGGCAAAAGAACUUAUUAUGACCAAUGAUGACAUACUGCAGAAAAUCAAGUAUUACAUGGGUCAUUCACAUGUCAAACUGCAGCUUGCUGCAAUGUUUUGUAUAUCAAACCUCAUAUGGAAUGAAGAGGAAGGCUCACAAGAACGUCAGGAUAAAUUACGAGACAUGGGCAUCGUAGAUAUUCUACAUAAGCUGAGUCAGUCACCAGAUCCAAACCUUUGUGACAAGGCAAAGACGGCACUGCAGCAGUACCUGGCGUGAUGGGAGGCACCCCCGGGCACCUGCGAGCACCCCGCAUCCUUGUUAAGGAAGUACAGGAAUUAGCCUCAUUUGAUUCUUUCUAUUUGCACAAGUCACCUUGGACUGCAGGGAGCUGUUUUGCAAAAGCAGUUUAGUAGGCUUAGAUCUCAAAUUCAUCUCGAGAACACUUUUUUUGAGGUAGUAAUUUCCUCAGAGGACUUUUGUGUUUUUUGUUUUCUGAGCUACCUGGACUUUUUAUUAGAACAAUCAAUCAUCAUUUUCCUUUGGACCUACAAUUUUUUGCCUAUGCUGCAGCCACUUUGUGAAUGAGAACGAAUGUGUCUGUGUGUACGCACAGGCAUGCGUGUACGUGUGUGUGUGUGCGCGCACCUGGGUCAGCGUGGAUGUAUGUGUGUGAGAGGGAUACCUCAGAAUUUUCUUUUCUUAUUUUGUGUGAAAAUCUCUUUUCUACAGAUUUUCCAGGGUUUAAGCGUUGCUUGCUGUAUAAAAACUUUACUGAAUUAUAUACAGUUUGAAUGAAAUGUUAUUUUAAAAACAAAAUAAUUGUUAAGUGUUCCAUAAAGGUUAUGUUAAAUUUUGGUCAGAUGAAUAUUUGUAAGUAAAAAAUAUAUGCAUUUCUGAACCUCAA